AUGUUUGCUGAUGAUGAUGAUGAUGAUAAUGAGGAUGAGAAGCAAGAAAGUUUUUUUUUUUUUCCGUCCCAUCUUUGGAUCAUCUCAUUUGCCACAUCUGCUAUUGUCGUUGUCAUUGUCAUUGUUGUUGUUGUUGUUGUUGAUGUUGAUGUUGUUGUUGUUGUUGUUGUUGUUGCGGUAAGAGAAUUUGAACGCGUGAAAAGAAAUUUUGAAAAUUUAUUUGAGCUAAUUUGUCAACAAAAUAUUCAAUGGAUUGAGAAGGAUAACAUAUUGAGUUAUAAUUACUUCCCUGAACAAAUCAAACGUGGAAGUGUUUUGAUUCGUUCGAAUUAUACGAAAUUCCUGAUCGUAUCAAUUGUUACAUUCUUUUUCCCGGAACUACAACUCAUUAUUGAUAAAGAAGGAAAGAAUGGUUUGAGGAGAUUACGUGUAUCAUUUGACGCAUUUGGCGUACUUGCAUGGAACUUGAGCUCUUUUGUUGAUGUGGCGAAAAGGGAACUAUUCCAUGGCUAUUCCGGAAAGUGGACAAUAUCAGGUAUCCGUGUAUGGGUGACUGCGAUAAUUUAUGUUGACUGGUCUAGAAAUUUAACUGACAUUAAAAACGAGGGGAAGAAAGAAGGUGGAAAAGUGGAAGAGGGAGAAAGGAGUGUGUUCUCAGUUUGUGAUCGAAAUGACCCCGGUGAUGAUUCAGUGGAUAAAUGA